GGCUCGGCGUUGCUUGGCGACGGCGGGGCCGCGUCACCCGGCGCCGAGGGACCGCUGGGCGUUCCUGCCCCUCCUGAGCCUAGCGGGGACGCGGCUCUGCUCCCAACCGCGUCCUCUCGGUCCACACCCGCCUGUCCCCGCCGGCACCUGCCUCGGAGCCCGCCGCCCCCGACGCGCCCCCCUUCCGAGCUCGCGGCGCCGGUGGGACCAUGCUGGAGUCGAUCCGCGUGACGGAAAAGCUUCACUGGCCUGAGCAAGAAUUUGCUAAGAAGUCUGUUCUAAGUGCCGAAGACUCAUUGGUCAUUGACAGCAAAAGAAACAAUUCACAUUUAUCUCCUGGAAUACUUAAGGACAUUUUCACAACUGGAACCAGUAGUUACAAUGUCCUACUACAGAGCAAAGAGGAGAAAAAGCACCAUUCACAAAAACAGUCUUCCUCCAACUACUCCAAAAGAUGUAGAAAACCCAGCAAAUCUAGCUCUUGUUGUAGUAAAGAUCUGUGCAGGAUGAAAGACCCACUGCCUCUGCUGAGCAGUGGCACCUGGUACUGCCUGGAAAGGCAGCCUGCUGUUUUUGUCACUGGUUCAGUGUCAAGUCUUGUGAAGUUCACGCAUGAUAUCUCUGUUACAGGAAACAGCAUAGUACUACCACCUAAACCCAAAACCAAGGCCAGGCAGCUCCAUUUCUCCACCUUUCUGAAGCCAAAACCACAGCCUCAGCUAGCUAGAAGUUUUGAAAAAGAAGACUUUUCUGGGAAGAGAUUUUGUAUACUUACUGCAAUAAAGCCUUCCAACCUGGAGAAAGAAAAAUUGAGGUUCUUCAAGUCUGACUAUGCCUACAACCCUCAGUUUGAAUAUGCUAAUCCUUCCCUGCCAAGUGUGCUAGCCAAGCACAGCCAAGCUUCUGACCGAUUUCUUAAGCAGUCCAUCAAUAUUAUGGAACUGACUUUACAGAAAUACGGAAGUUAUGAAAAAUUUGAGCAGGCUACUGGUGGUAGCCUGUUAUCUAAAACCCGAAUCUGGAGCCAUGUUAGAAAGUACAUGGUGAAAGAAGGCUGCAUGGGCGAGAUUGUAGUUCAUCUUACUGAGGACCUGCUCUCCCGAGCUUCCAUGACAGUGGUGAACGGGUGUCCAACGCUGUCCAUCAAUGUGUCCACUGCACGUGAGCACUGGCUGGAAGGAAUGCUGAGACAUGAGAUAGGCACACAUUAUUUUCGAGGCAUUAACAACCUCCAGCAGCCAUGGAACAGUUGGACUGGCCGUAAAAAACAUGAGCUCAAGCCCAACAACCCCACGGAGGAAGGCCUGGCCAGUAUCCACAGCGUCCUGUUCAGGAAAGACCCCUUCCUGUGGCGGGCUGCACUCCUCUACUACACUGUCUACCAGGCCAGUCAGAUGUCCUUCUGUGAGCUCUUCAGAGACAUCGGCAAGUUUGUCAAGGACCCCAACACCAGGUGGGACUAUUGCGUACGUGCCAAGAGGGGAUUGACUGAUACUUCCCAGCCAGGCUGUUUCAGUAAAGACCAGGUGUAUCUGGAUGGUACACUACAAAUUCUGCGCUACAGAGACAGCAUAGACUUCCACCUGCUCACUGCUCUUGGCAAGGUCUCUUAUGAAGAUGUGGAUCGCCUGAAAGGAUUGGCGGUUACUGAGAACAUGAGGGUCCCUCACUUCCUGCAGGACCAUGGCCGGUACAUGGAGCACUUAGAGAAGAUCAUGGAAGUGAAUGAACUAACUGACCGGGAGCUGAAAAAUCUUAUCUGUUAAUUAGCGUUCUUGCAAACACAGUGGAACUAUACCUCUAUGUAUAUUAGAAUUGGAUGCAGUUAGCACUAGCACAGUUAUCAAUGGAUAUUUACUUAAGUUUUCUGGGAAAUGGUCUGCAGUAUUCCACUGACUUUCUAGGUUACAUACAAACCACAAAUGGUUUCUCAAGACUGCGGGGUCAAGUCAGUCCU